AUGGCCUCGUUCCUGACAGACAGGAACACACAGAAGGCGGACGUGAUCGCGAUUCAGGAGCCAUGGAUUAACCCUCAAUCCGGAACAACUCAUUACCCCAAUAAAGCAACUCACCAGCUAGUCUUUCCGAAGGAGCUAGACGACGAAAGGGCCAGGGUAUGCUUGUUUGUCUCGAAACAGAUCGACCCAGGGACCUGGUCAUGCAGGACAGUGUUAAAGGGAUAUCAGCUCUUGAAAAUGCGGAGGAGCCGACAACACCCAGAGGGGUGGACCGACCUCUUUGUGCACAAUAUAUAUAACAACGAUGACGGCGAGACUAUGGAAACGCUGGACAAAGAGAUCACCCAGAGAACGUAUGCAGAGCAUAUAGUUGUGGGGGAUAUGAACCUACACCACCCAGCCUGGGGGAGCUCGAAGGCCGACACAGCGGCGGAGGGACUGCUAGACAUAGCUGGGAAGCAUAACCUAGAUCUGACAACGGAGAGGGGGGUCCCAACGUGGCGGCGUAACGAGCAGGCAUCUACCAUCGACCUCACUUUCGUUAGCGGUGCGUUAACAGGGAGGGUGAUUGAAUGUCGGGUAGGGAUAGACCAUGGUUCAGAUCACUAUCCAGUAGUGACAACAAUCGACAUUACAACACCGCCACACGAACCACCGAGAAGAAGAAACUGGAAGGCGACAGAUGACAAGAAGCUCAUAGAAUUCGUCACCCAACACACCAACGCUAUCACCAGACACCCCACAACGGCCGACGAGGUAGAAACCGAGUGUCAAACAUUCAUAGAAAUCAUCACCAAAGCAGUUGACAUCUCGACACCGUGGGCGGUACCGUCACGGUGGGCUAACCCCUGCUUCACACCAGAGUGCCAGGAAGCAGUGAAGGAAGUACGAAGGCUUCGCCGGCAACACGAAAGGACGCACGAUCCUUACGACAAGGAACUGUACAAAGCAGCAAGGAACCGGAAAACACGAGUAAUCAGGGCCGCUCUCCGCCUUCACCACCGACGGAAGGUACAGGAAAUCAUGGAAGAGGGACCGGCCGGUAUGUGGAGGAUGGGUAAAUGGGCAAGAAACCGGCAAGGAGCGUACGACAAAGGAAUCACACCAUCAAUCAAAGUGCCAGAAGGACUUGCAGAGACUGUUAAGGAAAAGGCAGCUGCUUUCCAAAAGGCCUUCUUUCCAACGCCACCACCGGCAGAUCUCUCCGACAUCGACAAUAACUAUCCAGAGCCAAUCCACUUCCCGGAAAUCACGCGCCAGGAGAUCUCACAGGCAGUCAAAUCGUCGCCACCAAACAAAGCACCAGGGGAAGACGGUCUACCAAACUCGCUAUGGCACAAAUUGAUCGAAAUCCCAGCGGUCCUCGAUACCAUCUCACGGAUAUACAACGCCUGCGUACGGCUUGGAACCAACCCUUCACACUUCCAAAAAUCGAUCACAGUGGUACUACGCAAAGCGGGCAAAAGGGAUUACCAGCUUGCAAAGUCCUACCGGCCAGUUGCCCUUCUAAAUACCCUCGGCAAAUUCCUCGAGGCAGUGAUUGCGCGAAGGAUCAGCUACGCAGUGGAGACAGAAGGACUACUGCCGGACACACACCUUGGUGGGAGAAAGGGUAUCUCAGUCGACCACGCCAUCCAGGGGAUCAUCGGCCGGAUACGAAGAGCGUGGGGACACAAUAAGGUGGCAAGUAUACUUAUGCUCGAUGUCUCUGGGGCGUACGACAAUGUCUCUCACGAGAGGUUAAUUCAUAACCUCCACAAACGACGCCUAGGGCUACUAGCACCAUGGGUUAAAGCAUUCCUCAUAGGGAGAAGCACCAGUAUACGAAUACCAGAAGGGACAUCAGCCAACAUCCCAACACCAACCGGCAUCCCUCAGGGUUCACCCCUCUCCCCGAUCCUCUACCUGAUCUACAAUGCAGACCUAGUAGAAGGCUGUGAAGGGGUGAAAACAAGCGCCUGGGUUGACGAUGUGGCAUUUAUCGUUACAGGAGGAGACGAACAAGAGAAUAUCUCGAAACUACAAAGAGCCUGCCAACAUGCCGACGCCUGGGCAGCCAGACAUGCCUCGAUCUUUGACCCCAAGAAAUAUGCGCUGAUCCACUUCGUCAAUCCAGCAGAAGGAGGUGGGAAACACACACCAUUGGUAUUACCAGGUACUACAAUACAGGCCACCACCACAGCAGAGCGAUACCUUGGGGUCUGGCUAGACCCAGGAUUAACUUUCCGACACCACCGGGAGCAGAUGCUCGCCAAAGCAGGGGUCAGCCUACAGGCGCUACGGGGCUUGACAGGCUCCACAUGGGGGGCGUCUCUUUCGGCCAUGCGGGCUAUCUACCAAGCGGUGAUGAUCCCACAAAUGCUCUUCGGAGCGGCAGUGUGGCACUCACCAUUGACCACCACCUUAAGGGAGAGAGGCUACUUGAAGCAAUUCGCCGGUAUCCAAUCGAAAGCGGCAUGCUUGAUAAGUGGCGCCUUCAAGACAACAGCCAGGGAAGCUCUUGAUGUGGAACUACACCUACUACCGAUGCAGCAACAGCUAGACCGGCUAGUCCGGCUGACUGCUGUUCGUAUACGUACAGGACCAAGAUAUGCAGUACCAAAAACAAUGCAGAGAGAAAGAAACCAAGUUCAACGACAGCGAGGUGGAUGGACGCCGAUGGAGGCCCAGUCCUGGAAAAAGGGUGGAUGCUUGACGCCACUCCCGGGAUCAGUGGUAUGGAACUGGGAGAGUCGAAAGGCAUACAUCCAGGCACCAUGGAAUGAGCCACCAAAGGUUUAUAUCGAAGAGAGGGAACAAGCAAGGAACGCCCACGAAAGAAUCACGAAGCAACAAAUCCGGGCACCAGCACGAUUUUACACCGAUGGGAGUGGGUAUCAAGGCGGCAUUGGAGCUGCAGUGUACCCAGCAUACCUAUACAGCCAGAACGAUGCUAGGCUGUGUAACAUGGGAUCCGACGACGAAUCCACGGUGUACGCUGCUGAGCUGCGUGCAAUUGAGAUGGCACUGGAAGUCAUUGAGGAAAGAUCCAGAUCCAAUGACGAAAACAACCAAUGGAAAGAGUGUCUGGUGGAGAGCGGCGCGGUCAUCUUCACAGACAACCAGGCAGCUCUCAAAGCCAUCGAAAAUCCACGAAUGCCGUCCGGCCAGAUAUACCUAGAGGGAUGCCUCCAGUCACUGGAACGGCUCACCAACCAGGGGGUCCAGGUUGAAUUACGCUGGAUCCCGGCCCACGAGGGUAUUCCAGGUAAUGAGAUAGCCGAUAUCUUUGCAAAGACAGCAGCCACCACACAGGAACCAAACCACCACAACAGGUUUAUCCGGCUUGCCGCAGCAGCGAGCAAGAGUGUGAAGCAGGAAUCGACAAUCGCGUGGGAGAAGGCGUGGAAGAAGGGAGGAUCGAGGAGGACUGCGCGGAGGACUCGGAGGAUGAUUGAGGCGCCAAACAAGUCAAAUCUGACCUACUGGAAGGGCCUAAGGAAAGCGACAACGUCAGUGCUGAUCCAGCUCCGCACAGGGAUCAUUGGAUUGGCCGAGUACCUAUCCAAAAUCAAGAGGAAAGACUCACCACGGUGCCAAUGUGACCUGGGAAACCAAAGUGUCCGACAUGUGUUGCUCGAGUGUCCGCUCCUGGAAGAACUCCGGACGGAUAUGAUGGAGGAAUUGUUCGGGGAAGGGGUGUCGACAACGCUGGGAGAACAGGCAAUGUUGACAGAGGUGAAGGCGGCACCGAUCGUGGCGAAGUUUAUGAUCGCAUCGGGACUCCUGGGACAGUUUCAGUCAGUGGACUCUGUCGCCAUGGGUAAGGAGAAGGGGGUAGGGGACGAGGAUCAUCCUGAUCCAAAAACAAAACCAAAACAAGACACUGUGAGUGCUGGAGAAACAGGACGCACAACCCAGUGGCCGGGCACCAGGUCUGCCGAGGUCACCUCACAGCAAAGGAACGCAUGGAGAACAACGUUUGUUGCCGGCGAGGACGAAGAUACAUGGCGUCGCGACCCGAAUCUGUUCGUGUACGACCUGCCGGAGUGA